AUCCGCUUGUGGACCUGCAGUGUCCUCUCGUCCUGUACCACGCUCCCUUUGCAUUUCUCCUAUAUCUUCCUCUCCUCCCAGCGCAUGCUCCCACAAACUACCUUCUCAUUUUCACUCUUCUGAAAUCCAAUCUUCCCUCCAUCGCUCCCAGUUUGAACUCCAUCAUUUGAUUUGUUGAUCUCGUGUAGAACUAUUUUAUUCAAGUAUAACAUCGAUGGCCUCCUCCCCAUUGCCUCCCUCCACGUCCAAUGGCGUUAAUGCCUCAAUGUGGGCUGCUUCGUCAGCUCCAACUCGAGGAGGAGGUUGGGGAAGGGGCGGUGAUCCUGGCUCUGCUUUUCGCGGCAUAAGCAGAGGUCGUCCAGGACGUGGAGGUGGAGGUGGUCGUGGAGGUAGAGGCGGUAGAGCAUCCAGCGGUAGAGGUGGAGCUCCUUCCACUCGUGCUGACCAAAGUUCAGCCAAAGCAAACACCGACCAGUCGAAAUCCAACCCAUCAUCUAAUCCGACAAGUGUGUCAAAGCAACUCGCUCCUCCACCCUCAACCUCUCCAACUCAAAGCACAGCUUCAAGCAAGUCAUCGCAAAAGCCAAAACCGCCAUCGCGAAAACCUUCAGAACAGAAAGGUCCACGCAGAGUGCCUAAUGGAGAUUCAUCCUCUGCCUCGGGUAAGAAGGCUCCUCCGCCCAGCGCCCCUUCUGCUGCAAUCAGUGGGAGAGGGAAUGGUCGUCGCAAACGAUCCCAGUCACAGAAUAAACCAGCGACCCCAUCUAUAGCUGUGACUCAUGCCGCGCCAGCGAGAAAAGCGUCUUUGACUGUCGAAUCCGCACCCAGUCGUCUUCGUCCGGUCACUGCAAAAGACGUUCCUCCCCAUCUUGCACCUCCAGAUACGCCACAUUUUGAUAUCAAACACGACAUCGAUGCUCUCGUAGAACGUGUCAGGGCUGUCGCCAUGGAUAGACCAAAUACCCCUGGAAGUCACAUCGACUGGGCAGGUGAGGACGAUGAUAGUCUACCGGACCUUGAUGAUUGGGGUGUUCCUUCUAACACGGAACCUGAGCCUGAAAAGUCUACUGGUACAUUGGAUGAAGCGGAAAAGUCGGUUGUGAUCUCCCCGAUCUUGGAGAAUACCUUGAAGCCUCUUCCAACUAUUGCGGAUGUAGAUGUCUCCACUCCUCCUGCGAUGACAACAUCUAAUAAUGAAGUAGUGACUCCGAUGGAACAGAGCUCUGCCAAGGCUGCAACCCCUGAACUUAGCUCUGUUGCCGAGCAUGCUCAGUCCACAACUGAAAGGCACGAGGCACAGACCGAGCAAGAAGCUGCAGACUCUCAAGUGUCAAAGCCUGUCGACUCAGGAUCACCAGCCAAGGCACCUUUACAUCCCUCGCUUCCGCCCAAACCAACCCCAUCCCUCGACCUCUCGAAAUGGCCUCAGGGAGGUUUGGCGGAGUCCAUACACGCGCCUUCCGCUGAUGCGCGGUCGAAAGAGCCUUCACCUGAGCGUGGUCUCGCAGCGUCGAUGCAUGCGCCUAGUUCCACGUCGUCGGCACCCAGUCUCAUCAGCUCUCACAAAGUACCACCAGCGGGAAGAGGAGGUCCUUUCUACCCUGCUCAUGGCCGUUCUCAGACAGUAGGACGAUACAAGCAACCUUUCUCUGCACCAUCAGGGAGUUUUCCGGGCUAUCUGUCAGACUCUGAUCGUCCUCGACGAGGUGAUCAAGCGUAUCAUGCGCGCACGCAUUCUUCACCACCGACAGGUCCUGGCGCGGCCACGCGUGCACAUCAUACGACGAGACCAGUCCUCACAGGGGACGCACUCUCUCGACUUGCAAGGUCCUUAGGCGGGCCUACUCGUCGUGAGCCUCCGUCUGUUGUAGUUGUUGCCAAAGACUAGCUUGCUUUAACUUAAAUUCUGGACUUACUGUGGUUAUCAUUGCCCCUCUCAUCUCCUCUCCAUCGUAUAUUGUCUCUCUGCUUCAUUGUAGUCUUUUGGUUAUUUUUUUUUCUUUGCUCGUGUCUGUCUCUAGUUAGUACCCGGAUAUUGUCGUUCUGCUCUGAUACCCUCACCGCUUCCCGCUCAAUCGUUGCGUAAUUCUGUACUUUGUUAUAAUGUUUGGCUUGUAACACCGGGUAAAAUAUAUCGUUCCGUUGUCGUGCGCUG